AUGCCAAACGAACGAAAUGAAUUAUUAUCGAUUAGAGCGAAAAAAGAACUAUUAUUUUGUUAUGACGUCGCAAAACUGUCAAGCCUUUCUCAACAUAGAGCUGCCUCUAUCUUAAAUAUUUCAGUAGUAACAUUAAGAAAAAUAUUGAAAAAUCGUAAAGAAAUUGAAGGACAAAAAUUUGAAAAACCUGUUAAAAAAAAAUGCUUUUGCCUACGACAAAAACAAAAAAAUGACAAACUAUUAAUUGACAUGGAAAUGGGUAUGGUUCAAUGGUUCGAAUAUGCGAGAUCUUUAAAUGUGCGGGUAAGUAAAAUGAUUUUACUAGAUAAAGCUAAAAGUUUAGCAUCAAUACUUGGAGUUGAACAUUUUUCUCCGGAUAAUAAUUGGAUACAAAAAUGGAAAAACAAAUACAAUAUUGCUGAUAAAAGAGUUCAACUAAUUGCUGAUCAAAAUAAAGGUACCAAUUUUUCAGCAACAAACAGCGGGUUGAUAAAAUCAGUUAAGGACUUUUUUGAAAAUAUUAUGUCCAAUUACGACGCUAAUAACGUGUAUAGUUUAUUCGAGAUUGGUCUUUAUUAUUGUGACCUGAGAAAUUCAAAUUGUGAAUUCAAAGGACCUCCGUAUAAAAAGAAAUGUCAAAAAUGUAUACAUAGACUUAGUAUUAUAUUUACGUCCAAUAUAACGGGAACAAAUAAAAUGUACCCCAGUAUUAUAGAUAAUAUUCAUAUUCCACAUUAUUUGCAAAAUGUAAAAACGUUAUCUAAACAUUUUCAAGCCAGUUAUAAUACGUGGAUGACGAGCUGCUAUGCAUCAAUUUUAAAACGAUGGGAUGAAGAGUUAAUGGGAAGAAAAAUAUUGGUAAUCAUUGACAAUGUUAUGGUGGAUUUACAAAUAGAACUGCAAAAUAUCAAAAUUAAAUAUUUGCCAAGUAGCAUAGUAUCUGUCCACCCUCUUCGACAGAAUAUUAUGCGUAUUGAAAAAACAUAUGAGUAUUAUCUAAAGCAAACGAAAUCUGCAACCAUGAACUCAGUUAAUACCGAAACUUUAGCAACUUCUUAUAAUACCGUUGAAAUUUCAGUAUCGGAUGCCAUACAUAUGAUUUUUAAUGUUUGGGAAAAUAUGUCACCAGCACUCAUCCGAAAUUGUUUCAGGAAAGUUGGUCUUAUAAAAACCAAAACCGAAGAUACUAAUGAAAAUUUGUAUUUCAAUUUCAAACAUUGGAUUUCAAACUACCGACAAUAUUUGAGGACAAUUUACAAUCAAUUACAGAGUGAAAAAGAUCAAUUCAUUUCUGCUCAAGAUAAUCCCCAAAAAUCAGACAUGCAAUUAUAUACCGAAAAUUAUGUAGAUUAUUUAAAGCUAUUAUCUGAAUCUAGUUUUGCUGACAAGAACGUACCAAGUUACUUUCAACAAGAUAAACAUAAUUGACGAACUAUUCAAAAACAUGGAUACCUACAAUUUUAAGUAUCAGGAUAAGAUAAAUAUAGGCAAACAUGCAAUACGUAAGUAUAGCAUAAAAUCAACACUACCCGUAAGAACUGGUAUUUUUAAUUAUAAA